AUGGUAGUGGCAGUGCCCCUUCUGAACGUUAGAGAAAGCCAUGGUCUGCAUCUGAGCCACGACUCCGUGAAGCUGAUCAAGUUCGCGGACGACACCACCCUCAUUGGACUCAUCUCCAACAACGAUGAGUCCGCCUACAGGAGGGAGGUGGACCGGCUGGUGUCCUGGUGCAGUGGUAACAACCUGGAGCUGAACGCCCAGAAGACAGUGGAGAUGAUUGUGGACUUCAGGAAGAGCACUGUCCCCCCGCCCCCACCCUCCGUGAUGGACUCCCCCAUCACCUCUGUGGAGUCCUUCCGUUUCCUGGGCACCACCAUCACCCAGGACCUCAAGUGGGAGCCGACCAUCAGCUCCCUCAUCAAGAAGGCCCAGCAGAGGAUGUACUUCCUGCGGCAGCUCAGGAAAGCCAAGCUGCCUGCACAGAUGUUGGUGCAGUUCUACACGGCCAUCAUCGAGUCCAUCCUCACCUCCUCCAUCACCGUGUGGUUCGCUGGAGCCACAGUCAGGGACAAACAGAGACUACAGCGCAUUGUGCGCUCUGCAGAGGAAGUGAUCGGCCGCAGCCUUCCAUCGCUGCAGGACCUUCUGUGUCUGAACGACUCUAAUGAACCCGAGGCUGUGGACUCCUCUCUGUGGCUCAUGGGUCAUCAGAGUCCGGUGGAUUCCAUUGUCUGCUCUUCACUUUCGCCUGGAGCUCAGACGCCCACACUCCUCCUGCUCUCCUCCCACACGGAACUCCAGGCUUCAGGGCACAGAACAACCCCAUACUGA